CUCAAACCCAGAACAGCAAAUUCAAUACUUUCAGGAUUAACUGAGACCUCAACUAGAACGUACGGGACUGCUGCACCGGGACAGGUCUUGGAUAUUUUGAAUCACCUUAACAUGGAGCACAAAGAUGAUGAUGAUGAUGAUGAUGUAUCUUUUGCCAAAUGGAUGAGCAGCUUCUGGGGUCACAGCUGGAUAGAGGAGAAUGAGAGAAGACAGCGGGACCUCCAUGGAUCACAAGAUGCCAGUUGCAGGAAAACCUCCCUGCCCAGCCCAUUUCCUGUGCUUCCCAGGGUCAUAACAUCUGACAGCCAUCCUAGAAGGCAUUCUCAUGAGGACCAGGGAUUUCGAUGUUGUACCUACAUGCGAGAUUACAAAAAACGCUCAGAGGAUGGGUCAUUUAAGGAGCCACUGAAAUCAAAAAGAAGAUCCCAUCCCCAGAUUCAGACAUUUUCAGAGUCUUUUGAACAGCAACUGUGCUUUAGAACCAAACGCUCUGUCUCUUUGGGACCUGAGAGCAGAAAAGAAAGAAAUGAAAGAGAAUGCCUACAGAUGGAGAUAAGUUCCUGCCAGAAAGUGAAGGAAAGAAAGAGCUCUAGGAAGUAAGAACACGAAGAGGCGUACAUGACCCCCCUCUUAGAAAAAGGGCCCAAAUAGCAUUUUGUUUCCACAUCACAGCUACAGAUACUACUGUGUUUUUUGAGUCCCAGUAUACUAUGCUAAGGGGUGGUGCUGUAAAAGGGUGUCUAGAUGCUGAGUGAUAGAAGUGGGUGGAUGGUUCUGCUAGCCCCUAGAAGACUUGCAGCAUACUCCAGCUGCUUCUGGUGUCUUAGUUGAGAGUUUGAUCUGCUUUGUUGCCCUUUUAUAGGAAUAAGAAGAAUAAAAAGUAUUUUAAUAAAGUAAUUCUCGAAAAUGUAAAGAAAGAUAUUUAAAGAGCCACCCACACAUCUACACCAACCCAUCUUUCCCGUCAACCUCGCAAAUAAUUUUGAAUAAACGUCA